UAAAAAUAAUUUUACUGAAUAUAAUUAAAUUUAAAUACAUUGAUAUCCUAAUGUUUUUAAAUAAUCAAUUAAAUUAAAAGAUGAAAAUGCCCGGCUUCAAUAGUAAUUAAAGGAUAUUAUACUUCUUUAGCAGCAAUGCGAGCUUCAAGUUUAAAAUUUAAUAGUAAGAGAGAAAGCUGGAAUACCUUAUUGGCAUAAUUUAAACAUAUUAAAUCUUUUAAUGUUUCCAUAUAUUUUUAAACAUUUCUGUUGUUAUCGAUGGUAAGAAACAAAAAACAAAUUAAUUAAAAACGUAAUUUUUCUUACAAUUUACAAAUACCGUGAAUGAUGUAUAGUUGGUAAAAAUGUUUCGGACAAUAAGUGAAAGUUACGUCUGCCAAAAUAAAUUCAACUUUGUUACAUACAAAUUGGAGGUUUGUUUUACACGUCACUACAAUUAUUUGAGCCGACUCGUUUACAAACACAAAUUUUUCACCAUUAUUUAGUGUGAUGUCCGAUUCUAAUAUCUUAUUAAGAGCAUCUAAUAGAGACACAGGGGCCAGGGGGUAGAAGUUUUCGUCUUUCACAAUUCAUAGACUGUCUCAUAGCACUAAUAUAUUAUCUACAUUCACUGAAGACAUACAUACGAGUAAUACCUUCCUUAUAAUUUUUAAUGAUUUUUUGUAUGGUUAUAAUUAUUGUGAAUUACGUUUAAUGGCACAUCGAAUUUCUUUUAAAUCUGAAUCGAUUUUAUUGUUUUUGUGGUUGUGUUCAUUUUUAUUCCGUUUAAUAAAUACAUUUACAUUUGCAUUUGUCGUCACCGUAACGCUAACCUAGCCCUUUUAAAUAUGCCGCCCCCACCCCGAGAAAAAAAAUGUAAGUAGUAAAUAUUUAUAUGAUUUUUUUUCAUUGCUUACAAAAUUUGCCGCCCUAGGCGUAAAUACGGCCCUAGUGUAAUCCCGUAAGUUUUAUUUUUAUGAUUUUGUGAUGUUGAUUAUAAUUUAUAAUUAAUGUGAUUAAUUGGUAUGCGAUAUCUCUGUACUGAUGACAUCAUAAUUUGUAUAAUUUUUAGAAAUUUAUAUUUUGUCCUAUACUUUUACAUGUAUUUAUGUGUGACUGGCAUUACCCCGCUAUAUGGGUAAAAAAAAAAUAUAUUAGGUACACUUAACUCUAAAAUUUUGAAACUUAUACACAUAGUAACCUGAUAAUUCUAAUGAAAGUAUUAGAAAAAUUUUUGAAUUUUUAGUACUAGAGAUACAAGAAUUUCCGCUUAGGUGGCCGCCAUUUUCCCAUCCUCCCCUACUACUAAAUUGGACUAGGUAUGUCAUUUUAGAUAUAAAAAUAUAUAUUUUUUUAUUGAUAUAUAUUUUAAUGACGCCCUCUCCUAGAGUCGACGCGACGUAAGUCGGCGAGUAUUACAAUCAGGCGCGGAACCAGAGAGUAGGUCGGGUGGGCCCGGGCCCGCACUCAAAAUUUUUAAAAACAAUAAUUUUAAUUUUGAAUACUGGCAUUUUUUAUUUUAAAAUUUUUAUUACAAGUUUUAGAACCUAUUAUAUAUAUUAUAUAUUUAGUAAUCGCGCAUGGAGAGUAACAAAACAAUAUUUAUAUUCUACGCAUUCAAUCAUAAUUUUACUGUAUCAUCUUUUGUGGUUAAAUUUACGGGCCCACCCAAAAAUAUGUACCUAUUACUGGAUCCGCGCCUGAUUAUAAUAUCGUGUUUUUUUAAUAUAUGUAGAUACCUAUUAUUGUUGUGGGUACACGCGUUUCGGUAGUUCGUUGUUUACCGUGUCAGUGUGUUAUUGAUAGAUACAUGUGUAUUGUAAUAUUAUUGUUAUUUCGUCAUAACAAUAACCGUAUACGGCAUCACAAUAAUGGAACACACAAACGCAUUUCAAACGGUCUCGGCCAUUGAUAAGAAUAUAAAAACGAACACCGUGUGGAGUGAGGACACCGAAACGAUAACCCCCGGUGGCACCCCGCCUGAACUCUGACGCUAACUUCCAGUUUUCGCCUUUACUCGGGUGUAAUCAGCUGCUGCCCGCCGUAGUAGUAUAUUGUAGUAUAUAAUAUAAUAUUCACUAUCGAGCGAUUCCGCGCGCCGUUCAGUACUAUUCCCGAUUCCGGCGUGCGCCGCCCUCCGCGCACCGUUCCCGUUAUUGCCAAUAACGUACGAUUCGUUUUUUUCGGUUACCGCUCGUCAGUUUUAAAUUCUCCGUCGGUACUCACCGUACGACACAUAAUCGUGUAUCGUAAUUCACACGUACACUUACGAUUUUGUCGUUUCGGUGCUCGUCCCCCCACGUUGUAUGGUUUUUUUUUUUUAUAUAUAUUAUAUUAUUUUAUAAUAGUAUAAUAUAUUUAAAUAAAUAAUAAUAUACUUAUUACACAUUGUACGUAAAAAUGGGCUGCGUAUCCAGCAAGAGAAAAACUGGUUCGAAUUCGCUCAAGUUCAAAGUCACGAACGUAGAUUACAGUGGUAAUGAAAUAAAUCAUGGCCAAAUCGAAAUCACUGACAGCGAUUUGUUAAUGCAUUAUGCGAGUGAAAAAUCGACUAUUUCGUGUGCACUGAGCACGAUCCGACGCUAUGGAUAUGAAGAUUGUAUGUUCUGCUUCGAAGCUGGCCGCUCGUUUCCCUAUGGCGAAGGGAUAUUUGCAUUUAGAAGUAACGAUGCAGAAAAUAUCUUCAAAACUAUCAAAGGGAAAUUGCAGAUUUUAAAUGACAAGAAUAUAGCUAAAGAGAGGGCUUCUGAAGGUUUUUUUUAUGCUAGUCAAUUGCGCACCAACAGAAAUGAACAUGAAGAUGUUUAUGAUCAAGUUAGAUUUAGUGGAAUAAGAAGCUUCAAUAGAUCAAAUAAGAAGGAGGAAUCUCCAUACCUUGAGUUGGGUUCUAUCAAACCAUGUCCUACAUAUGCAAAUAUUAUACUGAAACCCAUUGAAAAUAAUGAAGAAUUGGUCUACAGUGGUAAUUCUUAUGUGACUCCUAAAGAAGAAGUUACAUAUACUGAAGUUGAAAUUGCUGUUUGCAAGACUAAAAAGAAGAAGGAGUUGCCAGUUCCCUCUAAGACGGAAAUUCCAGAGUAUACAGUUAUUGAUUUUGAACGUACAAGACACUUCAAUAACAGAGGUUUGUGUUCUCCUAAUUCAGGUGGUCGUACUUAUAGAACUAGACAUGAUGUUGGAGCGGUUACUCCUCCUUAAUAUUAUCAGAAACUAUUACACUUGCUUGCCUACAUGAAGUUUUUAAUACUAUAAUUGAACCCCGAAAUCAGCCUAUUAAAGAUAACGCUAUCUUUGUCAAUCAUUGACAAUUUUUUUAUUAAUUAAAUAUUGUUUAUUUAAAUUAAUUUUUAUUUCAUUAUGUUUUAAAUUUUUACGAUCCGAUUAUUAAAUUUUAUUUGUAGAAAAGAUGCUUUCAAAUUUUAGAUUAUAAAUUUAUAUUCCUGUUAUAAAAAUCAAGAUCUGCUAUUUGCGUAAUGCUUUUUUAAUCUGUUUUUUCAGUUUUGGCUAAUUUUAAUUUUAAUAUAUAAAAACAUUUUCCUAUAAUAAUCAUAACUUUUAAUUUUAUAUGUUUCAAAAUGUAAUUUACAUGUAUAUCAUAUAUACAUAUAAAAUACCAUAACCACCAUCAAUGGCAGUGAAAAUAGGGAACCAUUACAUGUCAGUAGGUGUGUGGGUAUCUUAAUAAUUUCUUAUGUACUUUGAUGAAUUUGAGUUGUGGGUUAUGGUGUGGAAAGGAGGUGCCCUCCUACAUUAACAAGAAAACAACUAAAUAAUCAAUUUAUAAACAAAAUAGUUUAGACUAUUACUUUAGUGGCUUUACUGACCACUAUACAUUCCAAAUAUUUGUGAUGUUUUUUAUAUCAUUAUUUUAUAAGCACAAAUAAUUUACUAAAAAUGUACUGAAUCACAAAUUUUUAAAAUAGGUUUGUGAUAAAUUGUCUAAAAAAAUAUGUA